AUGGCGUAUAAUCAGCCCACAAUAUUUGCUCUCGUCCCACAGAUCGGGACUACUGAAUUUGAGACUCCGAUUCCCUUCACCCUGAUAGACGAUGAAAAUGAGACGUUAACUCCAAAACCAAUCAUCUUAGAUAAGAGGGCGCGGGGUUUUGAAGAGCUGAAUCCCACCCACGUGGAAGGAGAGGAACUGUACCAGAGUGAUAUAAGAUUGACUCCCGAGCAGAGGGUAGAUCUGGUCCAGAGGAAGGCGAUCAUCUUGUCCCAGAGCUACCGCUGGCCAGUUGGCACAGACGGAUUCGUCCAUGUUCCUUACGUUUUUGGUGACUCCAAUGUCGACCGCACAGCAGUCUUGGCUGGCAUGGCUCAUUGGGAGGAACGAACCUGCAUCAAAUUCGACGAAGCCAAUGACCAAAAUCAGCCCCACUUGCGAUUCAUCCUUGGGUCGGGAUGUUGGUCCUACAUUGGACGAAUGUGGACCUGGGCUGGCCAAGACAUCUCCAUAGGUUCUGGAUGUACUGGGCUGGGCACAGUUGCUCAUGAGAUCGGUCAUGCAAUGGGCUUUUUUCACGAACAGUCACGAAAUGACCGUGACUCGUAUGUUGCCGUAAACACGGGCAACAUCAUCUCUGGAAGGGAGCACAACUUCGACAAAGCCGCAGAUACGGAGGUUUCAAAUUAUUCCGUGCCUUACGAUUACUCUUCGCUGAUGCACUAUGGUGGGGCGUACUUCACCAAAAAUGGACACCUGACCAUAUCCACUAAAUACCCACUGGCUCAAGAAUUAAUUGGUUCGAGGAGCGGUCUUAGUCAUCGAGACACCUUACUAGCAAAUCGCAUGUACCCGUGUAUUGAUAAGUGGGUGGCUGACUGUGGCUUAACUAGCGAUCCCUGCCAAAAUGAAGGGUACCUGGGCUCUUCAUGCAGUUGUGUGUGCCCUUCUCAUACAAGUGGGACAUAUUGUGAAAACAUCAUAGGAGACUACUAUGAUACGGUGGUAAGCAGUUGUUCUGAGACAAUCACCUCUGAAACCACGGUAUCCUCUCCCAAUUACCCAUCGAAUUACGAUUCCUCCCUUCAGUGCAUCAAAUGGAUCCGGGCACCUACCUGCUAUCGUGUGAGGCUCACUGUAAAUGAUUUCCGGAUGUACUCCCAAGUCACUUGCUCAGAUGGUACUUCAUGCUGCUACUGGGACGGAUUGGAGAUCAGAACUGGAAAUUUAUAUGAUGGCGCCUGGUACUGUGGACAGAUGAUCUCCCCAGGUUCAGUCUUCCUCUCUGACAGCAACCAAAUGAUCUUAUUCUUCAAGACAACCACCAGCUACUACAAGGGUUUUCAAGGCAACAUAGAAUUCGUGCAAGAUCCAUCGUGCACAGUUCCGACUACUACUACUACCACAACUCCAACUACUACUACUACUACUGAAGCUACCUCCACCACCAUAACUCCAACUACUACCACAACCACCACCGCAGCUACAACAACAACAACCCUGUCUUCAAGCACAGCCUCCCCCAAUACUUGCCAGCUUGAGAACUACAAUGGGAUACACUACUGGACUUCACCAAACUUUGGCCAAGGGGACUAUCCUAACGAUGCCUUCUGCAACAUGAGUGUCUCAACCGCAAGACCUGCAAUGGCUUUGCUUACCUUCAGUCCAUUCCAACUACAAGGCAAAGUAAAGAGAUCGUGCCGAGAUUUCGUGUCGUUCACAUACCCUUACGAUGUCCAGAAAGUGUUUUGUGGCGAUAGAACUGGCAAGAAGCAGAAACUACCAUAUUUCUCUUUCCGUGGAAUGUUUCGUAGCAAUGGUGCCAUCACAGAUGCUGGAUUUAAUAUCAGCAUGCAGCAAAAGGACACAUCUUGUCACAAAGUAAUCAGCUUAACCUCUUUGGGAGAAUCUGGAAUAUUCAAGACUCCGCGGUACCCUAAUGUUGACAGGAAUCGAAGGAGGAUGUGCGAAAUCUGGAUUAUUGCGCCGACAUCUUAUCGAGUGCGUUUGGAUUUCCUAGGAUUCGACCUAAAUGAUCCCUGCAAAUCCAACAAUGUGGUGAUCAACCCAAAUGGAGACAGGGAAUACCGAAAAGCAACGGGAUCAACCCGACAUUGUGGGACUACCCUACCACCACAGAUAUUUUCCAUUCAGAAUGAAAUAGACCUUGUCUAUCAAGCCAGCCAACGUAACAGAGGAUUCAAAUUACAAUAUACUGUUGUGGUGUAAAGAUAAACUUUUUCAGGUUAAUAGUAAGCAUCUCUUCAAUGUACUAGGGAGCUUGAUUCUGUUGGAGAAUCUUGACUUGAACUGGAAUGACAUUUUAACUGUAGACCCAAAUGUCUAGUAAAUUGUGCCAUGUCAGAUGGAACAGGAAUUUCAGUGUCUGUAGUACUUGAUAAAACUUUCUUUUAUUUUUGAGAAAAGGAUAACAUCUUAACAAAGAUUUAUUCUUGUCUAAAGGUGAGCUGAACAAAGCUUAAUCAGAAUAAAUGCGCAUUUCUGAAUAGUAAGAACUAAGAAACAAUAAAAGUUUUUGAAAUGCAAAA